AUGCAGGGCGGAAUCAAUGGCUUCGUAUCGAGUCCUCGGCGAAGGAGGCGGUCGAAUGAGAGCGCUCGUGUGGAUGCAGAAGAUCCUGGGUAUCACGACCAUGCACCAAUAAACGAUCUGUCAUGCUCGACUUUGUUCGUACAUCUCGUGUCCCUUGAAAGGUUGGGGAGGUCGCAAAGGGCAGAUAAUGUGCCGCCUUCGGAGAGAGACAAGAGACGGAGAGAGGGAGAGAAGAACCUGGGUCCCGGGUGCGACACCAACGACGAUGACAACAACAACAACGACAACAACCGCACCAUGCUUCCCGACAGCCUGGAAUGGAUCCACGGGGGACGGGAGGGGAGAUCUUCUGGCACCGAGUUGAGGCUGAGGGCCAAAGCAGGGCCAACGUCUUCAGAUCGGGCGUUUGCCCAGGAAGACCCUCAAGCUCGGUGUAUCGUGGCCGAGACGAGGUUGGAAAAGAACGGUGGCCGCGUGGAGACUACGGCAGUGGAGCUGGAGAAGCUGGGGAUGAAGGCUCGGCGGGGCCGGAUGAAAUGUCAUCUGUUGUGCGGGGACGGUCUUAGCACCUGGACAGUGCUGCUGCUCGCCAACCCGCUGAUAGGUUGCCAUGGAGCGGCACAAAAGUCUACCGCCGUCAAGUGGCGCAAAUUCAUCGCAGUAAACGCCGAGCCAUUGCAAUCACAGUCGAGGCACCGUCCCAUCCGUCAGAGCGCUACCGUCCCUUUGGGCAGUCUAUCCGCUACUAAUGCGCGCUCGACCAUCUGGAAUACCUGGGAACGAGGUGAUUGUGACCCCAGACUCGCACGCCUUGAGAUCGGCCUCUCUCCGACUGCCCAGCUAGGCCCUGUGACCGGUCGCAUGGGAAAAUGGAUACUACACAUCCCAGACCGUGGCAGACACGUUGCUCGCCUUUUGAUUUCCACAGGUACUCUUUCCCUGCCAUCCUCACCUUACUCCACACGUUGGACAUCUAGAUCGACAUCAGCAAUCAUGGGUCACGAGCCCGUCGAUAUCAAGACCGAUGGCGUUGACCAACACAUCGAGAAGGGCAUUUCGCCAGUCGAAGAUGCCGCCGCCCUCGAUGAGAAGGCGCUGGCUGCGCAGUACAAGCUGGCUGCCAUGGACGCAGAGACUGCUGAGCAUGACAUGGGUGUGAUCCAGGCUGUCAAGGCGUAUCCCAUGGCCGCCUUCUGGGCUUUCAUCAUGUCUUGCACCAUUAUCAUGGAAUCCUACUGUGUCUUCUUGAUGGGUAACUUCAUUGCUCUUCCCGCAUUCGCAAAUGAUUACGGUGUUCUCGACACCAACACCAACAAGAAUGUCAUUGUAGCUAGUUGGCAAUCUGCUCUUCAAAUGGGUGGGCCAGUGGGCGCCAUUAUCGGUGUUAUGCUUGCCGGUCCCCUUACCAGCCGUAUUGGAUACCGAUGGGCCACAAUCACCGGACUGAUGCUUUUGAACGCCUUCAUCUUCAUCUUCUAUUUCGCCAAGUCGCUGCCCGUCAUGUUUGUCGCCCAGCUUCUCGAGGGCAUUCCAUGGGGAAUCUUCAUUGCCAACGCCCCAGCCUACUGCAGUGAGAUUACGCCAAUCCAGCUGCGUGCUCCUGCCACUCAGAUGUUGCAAAUGUUCUGGGCUAUUGGUGCUAUUAUCGUCGGUGGCGUCACCUACCACUACAACAAGAUCAACGACCCAAUUGCCUAUAGGAUUCCCAUUGCUCUCCAAUGGAUGUUCCCAACCCCACUGGCUAUUCUUCUCUUCAUUGCCCCCGAGUCGCCUUGGUGGUUGGUCCGUAAGGGACGUCUUGAAGAAGCAGAACACGCAGUUGGACGCCUGGGACGCAAAGAGACUCUUAACACUAGCGAGGCUGUUGCCAUGAUGCGCCGUACCAUCGAUCUCGAGAAAUCCAUCAAAGAGCCCAACCACAUCGAAUUGUUCAAGGGCACUGACCUCUACCGCACUGCCAUUGUCUGUGGUGUUUAUGCGGCACAAAAUCUUACUGGUAACCUGAUUGCUAACCAGGCCGUCUACUUCUUCGAGCAGGCUGGUAUGUCGACGGAUACUGCCUUUGCCCUGGGUCUCAUCACAUCCGCUCUCCAGUGGAUCUUUGUCAUGCUUUCCUGGAUUCUCACCUCGUACCUCGGCCGACGUACCAUUUACGUUUGGGGUUCUCUCAUCAACGUCGGCUUCCUGAUUGCCCUCGGUAUCGCAGGCUCUGUCGGCACUUCGACUGCAGCCUCCUUGGCGCAAGCCUCCCUGGGUCUCAUCGUUUCCGUCUUGUUCACCUUGGGACCUGCGCCCGCUUCGUGGGUCAUUAUUGGAGAGACAUCUGCUAUUCGUCUGCGACCUCUGACCACAGGUGUCGGACGUGCAUGCUACUACAUGGUCAACAUCCCAUGUAUUUUCCUCGCGAGUUACAUGCUCAACCCCAAGGAGGCCAAUCUCGGUGGCAAGUGCGGUUACGUCUGGGGUGGAACCGGUUUCUUCUGCUUCGUCGUCGCCUACUUCUACCUGCCUGAGAUGAAGAACCGCUCCUACCGUGAAAUCGACAUUUUGUUCAAGCGCAAGGUCCCAGCCCGCCAAUGGACCAAGACCGUUGUCGAACUUGAUGCCGACGAGUGA